AUGUUUAACGGUAUGAUGGAUCCUGACUUGAUCAGAAUCGCUCAGGAACAGAUGAGUCGUAUGUCACCUGCUGAAUUGGCUCGGAUCCAACAACAGAUGAUGUCUAAUCCAGAGCUGAUGAGAAUGGCUUCAGAAAGCAUGAAGAACAUGAAUCCUGAAGAUUUUAAACUUGCCGCUGAACAGUUAAAGCAUACUCGGCCUGAAGAAAUGGCCGAGAUUGGUCAGAAGAUGGCUAAUGCAACCCCUGAUGAAGUAGCGGCUAUGCGUACCCAUGCUGAUGCUCAGAUCAAAUAUCAAUUGAAUGCGGCUGAGAUGCUGAAGAAGCAGGGAAAUGAAUUUCACAGUCAAGGGAGAUUCAAUGAUGCUUUGCAGAAGUAUAAGCUGGCUAAGGAAAAUAUCAAAGAAAUUCCAUCUUUUCAAAGUAGAAAGCUUCUUUUGGCAUGCUCGCUGAACUUGAUGUCCUGUUACUUGAAGACAAUGCAGUAUGAUGAAUGCAUAAAAGAAGGUUCCGAGGUUUUGGCAUAUGAUGCAAAGAACCUUAAGGCUCUUUAUCGAAGAGGUCAGGCAUAUAAGGAACGAGGCCUGCUCCAGGAUGCCGUUACUGAUUUGAGCAUGGCACUUGAAGUGUCUCCUGACGAUGAGAUAAUUGGAGAGCUUUUACGGGACACCAAGGAACAGUUGAUAAAGGAAGGUGGUGAUUGUGCACCUGGAAGAUUAGUUAUUGAAGAAAUAACUGAAGAAGUCGAGAAUGUGCCUUCUGGAAACAACAAAAGCUCUUCUUUCGAACAAACAGUUGAUCAACAAAAAGAGUCUGGUGGCUCGUCUAAGAGCAGCAAAAUAGUUAACAAUGGAAAUCCAAAAUUAAAUUCAGACAGUUUGGAUACACUGAAAAAAGAUCCAGAAGCCAUCAGGACAUUCCAAAACUUCAUUUCAAAUGCCGAUCCUGCCACUCUGGCUUCUUUGAACAUCGGACAAUCCAAAGAUGUGUCUCCAGAUAUGAUUAAAGCAUCCUCGGAUAUGAUUGCCAAGAUGUCACCUGAUGAACUUCAAAAAAUGCUUGACAUGGCGUCUUCAUUUCAAGGGGACAACCCGUUUUUCAGAGGUUCCCCUGAUUCUCCUUUCAACCCUGGGUCGAUACCUCCCAAUGUGACACCUGAUAUGUUUAAAACAGCAAGUGAUAUGAUAAGUAAAAUGCCGGCAGAUGACCUUAAGAAGAUGUUUGAAAUGGCAUCCUUACUGAAAGGGAAAGAAUCUAUUCCAUCAUCAUCAACUGUAACUGUAAACAAGAACGAAAGAAGUGUUUCUCAGUCAAACCUCUCAUCCUCCAGUAGCAAUCAUGCUUUUGGAGAUUCAAGUACUUCUCGCGAUGCAUUUUCAAAUACGAGGAAUGCUUCAGAGCCAAACUUCCCGUCCUCAAGUACUGAUUUACAAGAACAGAUGAGAAACUUCCCAUCCUCAAGUACUGAUUUACAAGAACAGAUGAGAAACCAGAUGAAAGAUCCAGCUAUGAGGCAGAUGUUUACAUCAAUGGUUAAAAAUAUGAGCCCAGAAAUGAUGGCAAACAUGGGAGAACAAUUUGGUUUCAAGCUUUCACCAGAAGACGCAGCAAAAGCUCAGCAAGCCAUGUCAUCCUUAUCACCAGAGAACUUGGAUAAAAUGAUGCUUUGGGCGGACAGGAUUCAAAGAGGAGUUGAAUGUGCAAAAAAGACAAAGAGCUGGUUCCUAGGGAAAUCAGGCCUAGUCUUUGCAAUAUGCAUGCUCAUUUUGGCUAUCAUUCUUCACCGGCUAGGUUACAUUGGUGGCUAGAAUAAGUGUUACACAUUAUAUAAGUUUCCUUAAGGGUUAAAACUCAAGCAUGGCCUUUUGAGGUGAAAUGAUUGAAUGUGUUGUAUCUGCCAGCAAGUAACAAAGGAGAGAGGAGGGUGAAACAUAUCAUUGGUUAUUUGGAAAGUAAUGCCAUAAUGGUAUCUCAUCAGAUUUUUCAAAUUGAGGAUGUGAUUGCCACUGUUUUUUUUUUCUGUGUAAUAUAUUAUUAGCUUUUGAAUUUUGAGAACCAAGAAAGAUCCUACUAUUCAGUAAAUUUAAUCAUAUUCCAUACGCAAAAAUUUUAAUGCUA